CUCCCAUGGACGAUGACCACGGUGUAUGUGAAUGGAGGCCUGGGGAACCCCCGCUAUGCCAGAUGGAAUCGCCGGGAGAGCAUUGAGGACUGUGGCCAGAUUGAACGCUACCAGGGAGAUGUGGAAGGGCAGCAGCACAGGCUGACACCAUUUGAGAAGCUCAUGCGGGACAUGUCGAAGGAUGAGAAGGUGGUGAGAGAAAUCACACUCGGGAAAAGGAUUGGGUUUUACCGUGUCCGAGGGGAGAUUGGGAGUGGAAACUUCUCCCAGGUGAAGCUUGGAAUUCACUCCCUAACCAAAGAAAAGGUAGCUAUUAAGAUCCUGGACAAGACCAAGUUAGACCAGAAAACCCAAAGGCUGCUGUCGCGUGAGAUCUCCAGCAUGGAAAAACUGCACCACCCCAACAUCAUCCGCCUUUAUGAAGUCGUAGAGACCCUGUCUAAGCUCCACCUGGUGAUGGAAUACGCCGGAGGGGGAGAGCUCUUUGGGAAGAUCAGCACUGAGGGGAAGCUCUCAGAAACCGAAAGCAAGCUCAUUUUCUCCCAGAUUGUGUCAGCGGUGAAGCACAUGCAUGAAAAUCAAAUUAUUCACAGAGAUCUGAAGGCAGAAAAUGUGUUUUAUACAAGCAAUACCUGUGUGAAGGUGGGUGAUUUUGGAUUCAGCACAGUAAGCAAAAAAGGUGAAACCCUAAACACUUUCUGUGGGUCUCCUCCGUAUGCUGCCCCAGAGCUCUUCAGGGAUGAAAAUUAUGUGGGCACUUACGUGGACAUCUGGGCCUUGGGGGUCCUCUUAUACUUUAUGGUGACUGGCACCAUGCCAUUUCGAGCAGAGACAGUGGCCAAACUGAAGAAGUGUAUUCUCGAUGGGACGUACAGCAUACCCCCUCAUGUCUCCAACCCCUGUCAGAGGCUGAUCCGUGGGGUUCUGCAGCCAAUACCCACAGAGAGGUAUGGCAUUGACUACAUCAUGAACAAUGAAUGGAUGCAAGGGCUGCUACACCCCACUCCCUUGGAACCCUUCCAACUAGAUCCCAAGUAUUUGUCAGAAAAAAGCACACUUAAGGAAGAAGAGAAUGAGGUCAAAAACACCUUAGAAAAUCUGGGUAUUACUGAAGAGCAUAUUAGAAAUAACCAAGGGAGAGAUUCUCGCAGCUCAAUCACGGGGGUCUACCGUAUCAUUUUGCACAGAGUCCAAAGAAGAAGGGCUUUAGAGAGUGUCCCAAUAGUGACCCUGCCAGACCCCAAGGAAGGAGACUCAAAGAAAGCAUCCCGUGUCUAUCGGGGCAUACGACACACAUCCAAAUUUUGUUCAAUUUUAUAAAUUGCAUUAGACUGCCAAUGAAUUUAAACAUUGUUUUUGGAUUUGUUUUUAAAUUUUUCCACAAGCAACUUGGGUUAUGAAAAUUUUCUAAUUUUAAAUAAACACAAGUGGUAAUUUUAUAAUCUAUUUUUCUUUCAAACCUACAAGGCAAUAAACAAUAAAUU